GUCCAACCCCCCACUUACACAGACACACACUCAUAACACAGAGGCGCACUUGCACUUGCGAAUUGCAAUCGUUCCACUGCGCGUGCCUCCGGAGCCUCGUAGCUCAUCACCAGUCAUAUUCUCGCAGCUCUCAGCUCAUCGCGGGCUGGCCAUGGGGAACUGCCUUGUGAUCCAAGACAGGAAGGAGAUCAAGGUCAUGAGCAUCGUCGACGAGGAGAUCCUCAAGGCGCUGCCGCCGCCAAUAAGCUUCCCCUCAAAGGGCGCCGUGUUCCCGCCGUCGUCCCACGGCUUCUCCGGCACCGGCUCCGAUGACGCUGCCGAGAAGAAGGCGCCUUCUGCUGCUGCCGCCGAUGUCCCGGGCGCCAUGGUGAGGGUAAAGCUGGUGAUCAGCAAGCAGGAGCUGCGGAGGAUGCUGGGCAAGGACGACCAGGCCAGCUUGUCCCUGGACGACAUGAUGGCUCUCAUGAGAAGAAGAGCAGAGCAGGAAGAGCAGGAGAGCAGUUGCUGCAGAGGGUGGCGCCCUGCCUUGCAUAGCAUACCUGAAGGCAGCGUGAUUUGUUCUACUAGCUAGCUAGCACAUGGAAUUAAACUAUUUUGGGAGCUAGCUAGCUGGAAUAAGUGCACAUAUAUAUGUGUGGAUCCUUAAUAAGCAUGAGAAAGAUGCAUGUUUAUGUAUAGAUUACAUGUGGAUAGAUAGAGCGAAGAUGGACCCUGCCGCCGGUAGAUUUGCUAGGAGUUUUGAGAUAGGGAUUCUCUUCAUCUUGUCUUUUGUUGGUUGCAUGCGUGCAUGUAAGACGAGGUAAAGAUAGUCCUGGAAAUCAAACAAGAUCUUAUACAUGGAACACUCGUGAUUGUCAAGCUUAAUUUUCUUU